ACAAAAUGAAACUGUAAAAGAGACUUUAUCUUGUUUUUACCUCUCUGUCUUCAUCUGUUGUUAACAAGGUUUGGUUUGUGUGUGUGUGUAUGUGUGUGUGUGUGUGUGCGAGAGAGAGAGCGAGAGAGAGAGAGAGAGAGAGAGAGAGAGAGAGAGAGAGAGAGAGAGAGAGAGAGAGAGAGAUGUGGGCGGGCUCUGGAUCAGCUCCAUCCCACCUCGGAAAUACCCACCAGGUGCUGCAGCUCCUUCCUCCCCGCUCUGCGCUCCUCUCCCCGGGCUUCCCUCCUCUCAGAGCUCCAUCUCUCUCUCGGCUGUCUGAGAACUCUGAGUCCCGGAGUGAUCGCCGGUGAAAGGCAGAGAUGUCCUGCCGGUGACUGAACUCUUCCCCCCGGCCUCUCUCAGUCUGUGUUCCCCGGUCUCCAUGGCUCUCCGUCGGCCGGUCGGACAAUAACUACAGCCCGCCUGCCCGCUGCAGCAGAGCCGCCUCUCCUCCUCCUCCUCCUCCUCCAGCCGGGGGGGAGCUCUCUGACUGACCCUGCCCGGGAUCUGGUGCGCUCUCCACGGCUCCAGAUGGCCGGACACGAAUGGGAGGACUGGUUCGAGAGGGAGGAAUUUAUCGGACAGAUCAGCGACAUGCGGGUGCAGAACCUGCAAGUUGAGAGAGAAGUGGUGCAGAAGAGGACCUUCACUCGAUGGAUGAACCUGCAUUUAGAAAAGUGCGACCCACCCAUCGAGGUUCAGGACCUUUUCCGGGACAUCCAGGAUGGACACAUCCUCAUGGCUCUGCUGGAGGAGCUCUCCGGCUGCAAGCUGCUCCAAGGAUUCAAGAAGUCCUCCCAUCGGAUUUUCAGACUCAACAACAUCGCCAAGGUCCUGUCCUUCCUGGAGGAGAGAAACGUGAAGCUGGUCAGCAUCGAUGCGUCUGAUGUGGCUGAUGGAAACUCCUCCAUCAUCCUCGGGCUCAUCUGGAACAUCAUCCUCUUCUUUCAGAUUAAGGAGCUGACUGGGAACAUCAGGAGCCAGUUCCCCUCCUGCUCCAGCCUGUCCUCCAUCCCCACCAGCUCCGACUCCGACGCCUCCUACUGCAGCACGCCGUCCGACGAGAGACAGACGGCGUCCUCUGCCAUGCGAGAACACAGCAAGGCCAUCAAGAAGCUGCUGCAGUGGGUACAGAAGAGAACGCGCAAGUAUGGGGUUGCAGUGCAGGACUUUGGGAAAAGCUGGAAGAGUGGUCUGGCCUUCCUGGCUGUCAUUAAGGCCAUUGACUCCAGCCUGGUGGACAUGAGGAAGGCGCUGCUGAGGACUGCAAGGGAGAAUCUGGAGGACGCCUUCAGGAUAGCCCACUACAGUCUGGGGAUCCCACGCCUGCUGGAACCUGAGGAUGUGACCAUCAACACACCAGACGAGCAGUCCAUCAUCAUUUACGUGUCCCAGUUCUUGGAGCACUUCCCAGGCAUCGAGGAGGACGAGCACAGCCGGCUGAUCGAACGCAGUGUCUCCAUGUGCCGACUCAACUACCGAGAAGCGGACUCAGACUACUUGAGGAACGGCACACACCGCAGCAGAGUGAGGGAGAGAUCCUACAUGUUUGAAAGGGACUCGGCCCAACCCCCUCCCAAAAUCUUGAUCUCCUCUGUGUCCGAGGACAGGAGCACCAAGCCGCCGUCCUUCAGGGUGGCUGCCGCUCGCUCUUGGUCCAGUGAAGACAUCUUAGCAGAUACAGAGGAACUUUCUAAACAACCCAAGGAACUGUCCAAUGAGGCCUCAACGAACUCAACAUCUGACCCCCCAGAGCUGACCUACCCUCAGUCCCCCUCCAGCUCCUCAGUGCCCGAGUCCGUCAACACCGAGUCUGUGAUUGGCGACUCGGCAAUCAGCUCCCCAGACUCCUGGGUGGAGAGCGAGUUCGGGGUCACGCCGGAGAAGUUCAGUGAGAGUCGCAGUGACAGCUCUUUGUGCGACAGUGGGACAGCCUGGGAUGUUUACCGUGCCACGCCUGUGGAGAUCACUACCCUGGAUGAUGUGGUCCCGUUGAUAGAGGGUAAAACCCCUGACGAGCAGUCCAUCACUGAGUCCUACACUGACGAAGGGGUUUACUCUCUGAGCUCGAUGGAGAGCACGCAGGAGAGAGUGCACGACAAGAAGCAAGAGGAGGUAGAGAACGAGAAAGAGAACAAUCCAAGUGAAAAAGAGACUGAGAACAAACUUGACCCCAAACAGACGGAUGUAGAUCAACCUCAAAAACAAUCUCCUGAACCGUGUAAUGAAAAAACAGCAGGAACUGAUCAAACUAACCCGUCCCCGCUCAUCUCCAUCUCUGAACCCCCUGAGGAUCUCCGUAAGCAAACCAGUGUUGAAGAGAGCGCCCACAAGGAACCAGAAUGUGACAAGAAAGCUGUGGACUUACCUGAGGGGGCUCAGGGCCAGAAGGUACAAGCUAACGGUCCCACUGAAAGUAAGAAUGUAAGACUGAACAAUGAGAAGCUGGAAAACGAAUGUCUGAAAACAGACUCUCCUUCAGGAGAGUCAAAAGAGGAGUCAGAGGCUGUAAAGGAAAAGGGUGAGAGGGUGGUAGAAACACAAGACAAAGGAAGUGAAGGGGUUUCUAAAGAAAGCCUCAAAACAGAGACUCACGACGGUGCCUCAGAGACGAGUCCUGCCCCGGGCAUAAACAUUCCUGUGAUCUCUAUUUCAAGUGAGCCGGAGGAGCACGGUGAGGAGAGGAGACCGGAUCGUGUUGCAGAUGAUGAAGUUCAUCAGGUGGAGACAUCUGGAAGUAAAGUGAACCCUCAAAACCAAGACAAAUCAAGCCCUGAAUCAAACGACAACCAUGACGACAAGGAGUUUGUUUCCUCCUCCCCUGUACUGGAAAAUGCUAAACAUGCAACUUCAGAGCAAGUCCGAGACAAGGACAUUAAGCCUUUGGAUGGUGCUGAUGAACAUGGCAUCAGUAAGUCAUCAAACUCAGACAUAUGUGCACCGGACACGAAGGAUGCCAUGGAUAGAAAUGAAGAUAAGCAGAAACCUGAGCCUUCAAAUCCUGAAUCUCAAACAGGAAACUCUGAGAAGGACUCGAUCGCUCAGUCUGCAGAAGGAAAACCUCAACCGGGGAAGACUGAGCAAGAAGCAGUCGUAGCUGAUCAACCUAGUGGACACCAGGAUAAACUGAUAGACCUCUCUGUGGAUGGUGAGACCACAUCGGAACCUGUUAACUCAAAACCUAAUGAGCCAGGCGAUCGAAGUUCUCCCACAGAUGACCUCCUCGGCGACCUGAUUGAACCCAUGGAUCUGUUCUACCCGGACAAAGAGGAGCCCAUGUUCACAGAGCCUCCGGACUCUGAAAUGGAGAGCUGGCCUUCUGUUCUGAGCGUGUCUCCUCUCCAGCCGGCGCCGGCUUCAGAGACUCUACCAGAGGACCAGCCGCUCAUCCUGCUGGGGGAAGAUUUCAGGAAUGGAGUGGACUCAAUCAAAGACAAAGAUCAGUUGAUCAAUCUGACCAACCUGGAGGCGAGCACACCACCUCAAUCCCCAGAUGGCUGUUUGCUGAAGAAAGAAGGACUGUGGGGUGGAGAAGUCCCCGCCGACUGCAGGGAUCUGAGUGAGGCUGAGAACCAGAGUUCAGACUCCGCCAAGGAAAACACAGAGCCUGUGAGGAAUGAGUCUGAAAGCUCCAGCACACAGGACGAGAUCCAGAUCGCUCCGGUUCUCCGUCACAGGAAGGGGGCUCGUCUCACUGACUCCUCGAGCGAUCAGAGCGCUGUGACUGCAGCAACAAGAAACACAGACAACAAGGAAGCUGCUGUUUGGUGGGGUGACGGCUGGGAGCUGUACCUGCUGCUGCUGCUGUGGCUGCUGCUCUACUGUUUCUGGGUGCUGCCACAGAUUGACCUGAAGACACUGCCCAGCCUGCUGCUCAACCUCUGAACACACACUCUUCCUACACACACACACAAACACACACUCUUUCCACAUGAAUGCACCGUCACUAGACAAACAGAAACACAAACUGACACAGCUCUACUGCCACUCCUGUUACCUGUUCGUCACACCGACUGAACUCCCGAUGAAGUGAAGGCAUUUAAAAACGUGUAUUUUAAACUAUUAGGGCUUAUUUUAGGUUUUUGCUUUUAAGCUUUCUAUGUGGCUUAAAGACAUCUGUGUCAGAGCCACUGACGGGCAAGAAGAGGUCUGUGGUUUUAAGAAAACAAUUUAAAAAUACGACUCCUGCACACCGUCUACUCGCAGAAAUAAUUAUUCAUCAGAACAGGCAGGAACUCAAAUGCUGUUAGCCUGAUGAAGGAGGAAAACUCUGCUAACAGAUGUUAACUGUUUUGAUCGUCUCCCUCCUCUCCUGUACACCUGUCCUCUGAAAUACAUGCAUAAAGCUUAUUUUAACUAAAAAAGGAACUGGCAAUAUUUUAAGAGAAAUUAUUUAAAGAAAACUGCUUUGCAUAGUUUUUAUUUCAUUGUCAUUUUAAGCAUUAAAGGGCAUAAAUAAAAGGGCUCCUCAGCAGAUUAUUCGACUGAAUUUAUAACAAAUAUCAAUUCCUAGAAAUACUUAGCGGUCUCAAAGUAUCAUAUGGAGUUCUGAUUUUACAAGAAAGAGAUCAAACGUUUCUUAACUCAUAAAAGUGAUAAAAGAAAUGAAAAACUCAGUAAAGUUAAUAUGAGUGUCAUUUUAUGAGGAAGAGACAAAAAUGUUGAGACCGUAUGGAAUAACAUUUUAAAAGUGUGGUUAUAGGUUUGGUGGAAAACAGUCCCAUCAAUCUUAAAUUAUACAAAGUGAGGUUUUAAUUCUGAGAGGAGAAACUCUUCCUGAAAGUGCUUUUAAAAGGGAAUUUAAAAUCCUCAGAAAACAUCCGUUUAAGAAAUAGAAAAGACUGUCCCCUUGUGUCCGCUCAUCCUGGCUGAUCCUGGAGAACUCUGCGUGUCCUGCAGAUCAGAAAGAGAAACUGCAAAGCCCUAAGGUGCCUGUGCAAAAUCAACAAACUAAUAGUAAUACCAAACAUUAACAUGUGACUGAAAAACACGAGUUACCCCGAUGCCCCAAACCCAACCAAAGUAAUACUGCAUUCAGCUGAAUGGCUGUUUGCUUCCUAAAGUGGCCUAAACGAGAGUUCAUUGAAAUUUUAGAACCAGCAUCUCGUUAAUUCAGACCGAUAACGAGACUGCUGCUGGUCUCCAAGUCAAGUCAAGUCAACUUUAUUUAUAUAGCACAUUUAAAAACAACUGCCCUGUGAUAGGUUGGCGACCUGUCCAGGGUGUACCCUGCCUUCUGCCCGAAGCCAGCGUGGAUAGGCUCCAGCCCCCCCGUGACCCCUAACGGGAUAGGCGGUCAAGAUAAUGGAUGGAUGGAUGGAUGGAUUUAAAAACAACCAGUGUUGGCCAAAGUGCUUUACAAGGUAAAAAGUACAAAGUACAUGAAGACAACAAUAAACAACAACAUAACAGGAUAUUACUGUCCUCUUCAGGAGAAGGCCAAAGACAAGAGAUGUGUCUUCAACAGAGAUUUAAAACAGUGGGGGCCGAUCGUAAAUGGAGUGGCAAGCCAUUCCAGAGCUUGGGGGCCGCUGCUGCAAAGGCUUGGUCGCCCCGUGUUUUAAGCCGUGUUUUAGGCACAUCCAGGAGCAGCUGGUUUGUUGACCUCAGUGCUUGAGCUGGGCUGUGAACAUGGAGAAGAUCAGCCAAGUAGGAUGGUGCCAAUCCAUUUAGGGCCUUGUACGUUAGAAGCGCAAUCUUAAAAUCAAAAGAAAACACAUACAAAAGAGUAAAACAGUUGCAAAUACAAAAUAGAGGUAGCGAGAUGCAGGCAGACGGCUUGCCGAACGCACUAGCGCCAUCUUGCCCGUGCUCCACGUAUCGCCUUUAUAUUCUCAUUGGGAUGUUUUUCUUACAAGUAACAUCUUUAUCUCAAUGAUGAGAUUCUUUCUGGUAACCUGUGAUCCCGUUCCUUCUCAUAGCGUUGCCAUGUUCCUGAAGUUUCCCCCCUGUUUUCUUGAAACAGGCUCACAGUGGCUCUGACACACUGCUGCAGGUCUGCUCCUUGUUUAAAUACACUAUAAGAGUUUGUGUUUUCUUGCUGUGCAGAGCCGACAGAGCUGACUUUGUGAUACCACACGACUGUACAGCACUCUGAUGUGUAGAUACAUAUUAUGGAUGUACGGAUGCACAGUUGCCUAAAUGAAAAGCCAUUUUAACUCAGAUGAAGAAGCUCAAAGUAAAACUGGAGAUCGAGGAGCUGCAGUGAGGACAGAGCUUAUAAAUAUAUAUGUGUACCUGUGUUAUUGUAAAGAGAACUAACCAGUCUGAAUGAAGGUGUAUUUCUGACGGUGUUGCACAUUUGAGAGAGAAUACAAACUGCCAAAGAUCGUGUUGAAAGUGCUAAAACAGAACGAACACAACUCACCACACGCCCAGUAAUAAAACUUUGUAACACGUAGAAGGUCUAGAAUAACUCUUGUACUAAAGCAUCACCCAGCUCUAUAUUGUAUCAUAGUGGAGGCAGAAUAUGUAUUUGUAAUAUUUUAUGGCUCAUAAGAUGUAUGAAUGGAUUUUUAAAAAGUUUUAUGACAAAGAAAUGUUUUAUGUAACCAGCUACGCUUGAGCUCGUCCAUGGAAAGAGAAUGCUUUACGAUGAAAUACCUUUCUAAAUGUUAUUUUUAAAUACGGUCUGUGAUGAAGCACUACGACACACUGACUUUACUUUAUUAGAUCAUCGUUCCUCACCAGCCGACAGCGUCUCUGUUUACUCUGAAUAUUAAAACUGCUGCAGACACUCAUUACAGUCCAGAACAAAGUGGGUCGUCCUCACAGCCCAGUGUGCGUGCGCGUGCAUGUGCGUGUGUCCCUCUAUCCUUGUGAGAACUAGAGCUCUGUCCCACUUCUGUACUAUUCAGUCUCUGCACAGAGUUCAGACCAGAUCCAUUUGUUAUAUAUGAAAUCAGGCCUUUAAAGGGGUAGACUGUGCAACCCAUUCACAGUUUGAGACAAUCCUACUGCACGGUACAAUGUCUGUCUGUCUCUGGAAUAUACUCUUCCCUUGUUUUGAUAGAUUAUUACCACAAACCAGCUUUAACAGAGAACCAGCUGGGUUAUCUGUGCUGCAUGCAUCACGGUUCAUCAUGCCUGUGUGGUCUCAAUCCCAGGAAGUCAGUAGAAGUACACAGACAGUGCUUUGAGUAUGAUCUGAUGUUUAUGUAUCCCAGCUAUCAGUGAGUCACUUUUGUUACAUGCAUUCGUUAAAAGCAUGCAGAACAAACAUGCAAAUUUAAGACUCUUGAGCUAAGUGAUAUAUUUGGAACAUGACAGCUUGCUGCAAAAACUUUAAUCCAUGUGCACAGGAAAGACAUAUUUCAAAAUUGAACAUCUUCCUCUACCAUCUCUGCAACCUUCCACAAAAGUCAUGCAAAUCUGGCCUUUAGUUUUCUCUGUACUGUGCAGGUAAACACACGAGCUGCACAGAACACAGCCCCUCCUCUGCAGAGGCGAUGAAGGCGUCUGGGCAGAGCUGACUUUAAGAUUAGAGGAAGUUAAACAUCGGGUAGUUUAAGGGCAACGAGUUAAAGAAAGAAGGGAAGCAAGAGUUUUUACAAGGAUACAGUAGACAUUGUGUGACUGUGUGUGUGUCUAUGGUCACAGAACCAUACAAUCCCCCUCUCCCUCCACCCAAACACCCCCCCCCCCUCCAAACCAGAGAAAGGACUGACCCAGUAAAAGCAUCUUAGCCUUUGUAUCAGAGCCUAAUUGAGUCAACAGAACCAGUGAAGUGCAAUAAACGACGUGUUUUAAACC